AGUAGUUAUUCUCUGUCGAGAGCGAAACAGAGAAGUGCAGUCGAGCCGCGGCCGAGUGGAGGCGACAAAAAACCGAAAACUCGAUCCCAUUCUGUAUGGAUGAAGGAAAAAUUGGGCAAGCGAAGCGCCAAGAACGAGGAGAAAAUACUGUCCGAGUUAUGAGCUGACCUCGUAUGUCGCGAAUGGCUCUCAAAGACGGUAUUUUUUCACGCAAAAUGUCAACAUUUAGCGCGUAGGAAAAAAACGAAGUGUUUACAAGUUCAUAGAUUUAUGAAAUAAUUUAGAAAGAAAUAUCAAUUAAAUUCGCCAUCUAUUCGUUGAGUAAAGUGUUUAUCGAAGAGCAGUUCAUUGCAAGAAAUCGUGUCGAGGAUACAAACAGUGUACAUUGAAAUAGAAAAUAAUUUACGUGUCGUGCGAGUCCCCGGGUUGUUUUUUUUUACACGGGACCGCAGCUUGACGACGAACGAUAAACUGAAAACUGCGAAAUAUUCGUUGGAAAAAGAAAGAAAAUUCUACAACAUUUUUUCCAUCCUAUUCUCAUUCCAAUCGAGUUGAGAAUUGAACGACAACAAGAUAAAUAAAACGAACAAAAUAUAACAAUAAUUCGGUUGCGCUUGUUCGGCGAUUAUAGCAAAACAACCUCAUUGAAAAUGAAACAAGCGCAUCCCGGUGAUUGAAGUUACUUCGUGAGCGUUCUCUACGACGAAUCCAUUGUUAUUUAUAUUCAUAAUGAUAUCGAUUAGUAAUUAUUUACACGGUCUUCGAAUAAAUCCUCAGAGAUGUAUCUAUCAAAAGAAAUUUAGACUCCGGAAUAUUAGUAAGUACUGAUAAUUACCGAAUAUAGAAACAUUUAUAGCGUGGAAAUGAAAGGAGACCUUGAUUAACGGCAUUUGUAUUUUUAUUUUGAUGUAUUAUAUUAUACCAACGGUACAUGAGAGUUUGAAGAAAUACAAUGCUCACCGAUUCAAAGUGACGUGGAUAAACCAGCUGGUGGAAUUCUGUGAUUUAUUUCAAAAUCGAUGAAGAUGAUAUUGAUUUGAUAAAUGAAAAACUCUGUUAAUUUGCUUGUGAGCUUUGAUGUAUGCAUAUAUAAUUGUGUUUUAAAUCAUUUUUCUCCAUAAUGAUCGCUCUUGUAAUUAUUAAUAAUGGCUGACAUUUGGCUUUUUCGUUGAAACCUCAUCUCUCGCACUCCGUGUGCAGCUCCGCAAUAUGAAAAUAGUGCUCUGGCGUAUCUGCUUAAGAAAAAAAGUCGUUAAAAAUGAUGUAUCGGUGUACAGAUUUGUGGUUCUUUUCUUUUCAUUCGUUUUCUCGUUUUUUAAUUCUCCGGUUUAUUUUUCUUUCGAAUAAAUAACGUGUGUGGCUUGUGGCUCUUCCUUUGAAGCAUGCGUAAUUAUCGCUCGUGUCGCAGGAGCAUGCGCCAAAUGUUUUAUUCAAUGCUGACACAUAUCGCAUACAAAAGACUUAUGGGGUAGAAGUUUUCUCGAUUCGCUCGAGGAAAUACAGCGAGGCAGCUUUUGUGGAUGCGGCAGUCAAUAUACAGGGGAGCGAAAACGCGUCGCGCAGGCGUUGGAAGUUGGAAACUGUGUUUGUGUGUGUGGUGUGUGCGGUGCCGAAUGCGACGACUCCCCUUUCACGACGCCAUGUUUCUCCACUCGUGCCCUCCUCAUCGACUACGUAUUCGUUCAUUCACCAAACCAAAAAUAAAUUCAAGCUCUCUUCGUCAUUCAGUCGCUGGAGUCUUUUAACGAGAGCCUAUUUUAAGUGCAUUCAUUAUUUUAUUUUCUCCUUAAAGAAUAAAUUCAAGAAUCAACCGCGCUCGGCGCUCGUCACGGUUUUUUACAAAUAUUAUUGUUACGCUGGAUUUAAUGACAAUUUUUCUUCUAUUUCGCUUCUUACGCGACUCAAACGAAGAUAUCUGACGUCAACGAGUGUGUGCGAGUAAGAAAGAAAAAACCCGUUUAAUCCUAAUUCGUUGAUGAUCAAUACAUCAUGACCGGGGGUCACAACCGAGGGCACAUACUGACUUAUGAGACCCUCGUGCACGCGAUAUCCGGUGCUGCGGGCAGCGUCGUCGCUAUGGCAACCUUCUUUCCUCUUGACACUGUCCGGAGCCGAUUGCAGUUGGAAGACGGUCGUCAAUCGAAAAACACUUUGACGACCAUUCAGGAACUCAUUUCCAAGGAAGGCUCAUACACUUUGUACAGAGGCAUGGUUCCUGUAUUGCAGAGUCUCUGUGCCAGCAAUUUCGUGUACUUCUAUACAUUUCACGGUCUCAAACUGUUGAGGAGUUCGAGAAAACAGACGGCCGGAAACGAUUUGUUAGUGGCGUCAAUAGCCGGUAUUAUUAAUGUCCUCAGUACGACUCCUCUUUGGGUGGUCAAUACGAGGCUGAAAAUGAAAGGCAUCGGUGGAGCUGCUGAGAGAAACAACAACGAGUACGAUAACCUCGUUGAUGGACUGCUUCACAUAUGGAAAUACGAGGGCUUGAAAAAUUUGUGGGCUGGCACACUUCCAAGCUUAAUGCUCGUGGCCAACCCGGCCAUUCAAUUCAUGACGUACGAGGCUCUGAAAAGGAGGCUCACUAAUUCGUCGUCAGGAGCCCAACCACCUGCUUGGUUGUUUUUCGCUAUUGGUGCCAUUGCCAAAACUAUAGCCACAACAAUCACGUAUCCUUUGCAACUGAUUCAGACGAAACUGAGGCAUGGACACAAACAUCCCAAUCUUCCUCCGAACGCAGGGACAAUACAGAUCCUGAUGUACAUAUUGAAGAAGCAAGGACCAGCCGGUUUAUACAAAGGGAUGGAGGCGAAACUUCUUCAGACUGUUCUGACAGCGGCUCUGAUGUUUUUAGCCUACGAAAAGAUAUCGCGUUUCGUAUUACGAUUGUUACUUCGCAGGCCACUUUCACGAUGAGAUAAAGAAAUCAACAAUGUCGAAGAUAGAAGCUCAUUCCUCGGACGAGUUGCAUUCCGUUUGUGAAAAAGAAACCAUUCGAGUGGACUUUACUACUCUUCUCGUCGAAAUGAGCGAUUAUUUGAAAAAACGAAAAAAAAUUAAGGAAUAAACUUAGCGAAUAAAAGAUUCGAGCGGAAACAUCUUCGAAAUCGAAACAAAAGAGUUGAGAAAAUAAAAAGAAUGUUUAAAAAUUCCAA